UCGAAAUCCCGCCUCUGGUGAGCGCUACCGCUCCCAAAAAUAUCGUUUUGAAAAAUCGAUUUUCGACAAACUAUUAGCGAUUCAUAGCACGCAUACGGUCCUAGGCCGGCCGUCGCGACGCGCCACUGACACAUUUCUGCGGUUUCGCGCGCCGUUUGAAUUUAGAAUAGAUUUUCUUUUGUUUUUAUUUUUUCUUGUUUCGUUUGGUUGGUGCUUUCGAUUUUGUGCCAGUAUACCAACCAGGAGUUUUCGAAGAUUUCCCGUUGUUCGAGUUUUGGAGAUCUUUGGAUUUUUUAGUAACGAUGGAAAUGAGGAGAUUUAGGAGUAGGGGCACGUCGUUCUUAACAUUCUGGAUAUUCCUGCUUCAAAUGUUAGGCAGCUCACGGCGUGGUGCGCACGGGCAUGGGAGGCUGAUGGAUCCGCCGGCGCGCAACUCCAUGUGGCGGUUCGGCUUCCCCAACCCUGUCAACUAUAAUGACAACGAACUCUUCUGCGGCGGGUAUGCCGUCCAGUGGGAGCAGAACGAAGGCCGCUGCGGCGUGUGCGGCGACGCGCACCACUUGUCCGAGCCACGGCCGCAUGAGGCCGGCGGCAUGUAUGGCAAGGGCAUCAUCACCAAGCACUACAGCGUAGGUCAGGAAAUCGAGAUUGAAGUGGAGUUGACGGCGAACCACCUGGGAACCUUCGUGAUGAAGCUCUGUCCAAACAACAACCCGAACCAAGAAGCCACACAGGAAUGCUUCGAUAGGUACCCCCUGUACAUCACAGGCACCAGAGAAGACAGGUUCCUCAUCCCCCUGGACACGGCUAAGAAGGAGAUCUUCCGGUAUCGGGUACGGUUACCCCCCUACGUCACCUGCACCCAGUGCGUGCUGCAAUGGACUUACUAUACUGGAAACAUGUGGGGUAUCUGCGCCAAUGGCACAGAAGCGGUCGGCUGUGGGCGGUCGGAGACGUUCAGAAACUGCGCUGAUGUGAGCGUGGUGACUAGCACUGGUGGUCUACCGCCGGCCUUCGCUGGCGACCUGCGGCGGGACAACCCCUUCCUGUUAUACUACAGGGACUUGAGUAGGCCGCAGAAUGUGUACCCUCUUGUAGUCAGAAGUGAACACAGGGACUUCGAGAGAUCGCCUUUGCGCGUCAUUAGCAACGAUAUAUCAGAGAGUGACGAGGAAAUAGUUCCACAAAUUAUUAGGGACCAGGUGUGCGUGCCUUCGGAUGCGUUCCGUGUGAUCCCUGGCAUGCUGAGCUGGUGUCAGACCAACUGUCUGCGCUACCCUCCUAACUGCCCCGAGGCCCUGUGUCAUUGUCCGCAAACCUGUGAUGCAAUCGGCGAGCUCGAGGGUCGUGAUGGCGCAGACGUCUACUGCAUGGACCAAUGCAUCGUGUAUCCACCACACUGCCCCAAGAACAGAUGUCGCUGCUACUAAAACCCAUGUCUAAAGAUCACCCUAGGGCAGGCGGAAGAAAGGACAAAGACCUUUGCAAAACUAUUACCUUUUUACGUGAUUUAGAUAUAGUAGGCCUUCACUACUUCCAAAUAAAAAUCAAUGGACACUCCAUUACACUACUUUAAAUAUAGCUUGAUUAAUUUGACAGCUAUCACAACAAUUUUCAAUUCAAGUCUCUGUGAAAACUUCGUUAGCGCGUUCUAGACGUCGAUACGCCAUCUAUGUUAUAUGGGCGGAAUUAUUUGGGUGUGCUACACCUUUUUUGCACUGGUAGACUUGUAUAUUAUUCUUUUUAUUCCGCUGUCAACUGACUCAAGCUAUAUAAGGUAUUUAACGGAGUAUCAAAGCGUUGUUAAGCACGUGGUUCGAGGUAGUAGGAUUAACAUUAAAGAACCUAAGGGCGACACUCACCGUCUUCUUUCGACGCUAACAUAAUAAAUAAGUGCUAGUGUUAUUUCGCCUGCCCUAUAAACAGAUUUUAGAAAGUUAGCAUGCUUUUCAAAUUGGAGCAAUUGAUUCCCGCCACUGUUUUGGAUUUCGUUGAACUGGACUUAGAAAAUAAUCUUUUCUUUCUCUCGUUUAGUAGUUCGUCACUUUUGGAUCAAAGUAUUUCAAAAGUGGAAAUCUACGAACAGAUAUAUUUAUAAAUGUGAAACUAUUUUUAUUGUAAACUAUAUUUUUUCAUUAUUUUGUAAUUUUACAGCACUUACUAUAAGUAUUUCAUUGUAUAUUUCGAUUUAUUUUUAUUUUAUAAAAGCUGUACAGUGUACAGAUAAGAAUUAUAAUUAUUAUAAAAUAUAUAAAUGUAUAAUAUUGUUACCUUGUAGUUAAUAAGAAAUAAAAAUAUGGAAAGAAAAUUAAAGAUGUAAGGAGACAUUUUUUAGUUAGAUAAUUACCAUCGUAUUUUGUCAUAAAUAAAUAAUUUCAAUGAGUGCCACGAAUAGUCUAUUUCAAAAUGU